CACGGAUUAGUUGUUUGUGAAGAAAACUUCAGUAAAAACUCAAAGUAAAUCGCAAAAAAGUUGAUUUAAAUUACAAAAGAUACCUUUGCAGAUUUAAAAUUAUCAUAAGAAGUAAUACUAAUGAUAAGAAAGACGUGUUGGAUUACAAGUUCAAGUUUAAAAGAAUAUAUUCGAGUGAUGAUGAGAAAAUUCAAAAUGAUGUUUUGAAAAGCUUGACAAAAAAUUUUAAAAAGCAUUUAAACAAAAUUUAAAAGAUCAAAAAGCAAAUAAUUUGAGAUUGAAAUUGUUAAUAAAAGUCAGUGAAAUUGAGUGGAUACGGGAAAAAAUCAGUUCGAAAGGCAAAAAAAGUAAACUAGUUUCUGCCUGUCAAUCGUGUUUAUUUUCAAAUUGUGAAAUUCACGCUGUUCCAAAGAAUGAUUUGAGAAUCGGCAUGGAAUCAACAUCAGAAGUUACAGAACUAGGAACGGGCUGGAUAGAAUUUUCAGAGCGUCAUGCAAGAGCUGCAAGCAGUGAUUUUGCGAGAUCUGUUGUUCAAUAUUUCAAUAAUUCGAUACAGCCAGAAGCAAGAUCACAGGUUUCGCAUAAAGAAUUGCUGAAAAAAUUUAUUGACUGCUUUUCGGAGAAUUUUGAAUAUGAAUAUUUGCGACGUAGUGUACAGCAAGGAAAUAAGUCCGGAGCCAAUGGAACAGCAAUUCCGAGUGAGGGCAGUGAUUUCUCGGAAGAUCAAGAUUCACCAAAAAUUAAUCAUAAACCAUUCUUUAGGCGGCUUUCAUUUAAAGCAUUGAGAAAAGGAAAGGUUCAAUUUCAGACAAUUUUUCAAAAGUCGAACUCAGAUGAUCUUGACGUGUCGGGAACAGGACAGAAUAAAAAGAAGCUAGCGAAGAUUGUUGUCGAGUGCCGCAAGGAAGGAAAUGUAAAUUAUAUUCCACCAGAAUCUCUCGAUCAAACGAAUGAUAACAACAAGUGGGAGAAGUGUAGAUUAGUUUUAGUAAAAACAGUUGGCGGAUAUAUGCUGGAAUUCUAUCCUCCCAAAGCCUCGAAGCCACGAAGUGGAGUUUUUUGCGCACUUAUCAAUGAAGCUCGUCAAACGAUCCCAUUGGAAAUGCCUGACAAAGAGAAUACGUUUGUCUUAAAAGCUAACGAUCAAGAAUAUGUAAUUGAGGCUAAGGAUGCAAAUGAAAUGAAGAGUUGGUUAGCGACAAUUCGAUAUUGUAUGAAGAGUACGCCAACGUCCUCACAAAUGCCACCACUUCCGUUAAACGAUACUUCCAAUACGUCAACAACAAGUGAGGCUGCUGGAGGAACCUCAAAUACACAAUCAUCCACAGCAGCCAAUAAUGCAUCGCACGAUACAUCUUUAAAUAAUAAUUUAAGUAGUAACAAUAACAAUGUAAAUAGCACAAACAAUAACAAUCAACCCGAACUUCCUCCACGAAGGCCGGAAUCGUCGGGACACUUUCAUCUCGAAGAAGAUGAUCUUUUACAUGAUUCAGACUUAACAGCUAUGAUGUCAGAAUAUCCAUGGUUCCAUGGAUUACUUCCAAGAGCUGACGCGAGUGCAAUGGUUCUUCAUGGUGGUGUAUCUAGUCAUGGUGUAUUUUUAGUUCGUCAAAGUGAGACCCGCAAAGGAGAAUAUGUGCUAACAUUCAAUUUUCAAGGACGUGCUAAACAUCUUCGAAUGACUUUAAAUGAUUUAGGUCAAUGCCGUGUACAACAUUUAUGGUUUCCAUCAAUCACGGAAAUGCUUGAACAUUUUCGACAAAACCCCAUACCUUUAGAACAAGGCGGCGUCGCUGAUGUAAAACUCAACGAAUAUGUAAUUGCUAAUCCCAGAUCACUUCAGAGCCCUCGUCAUCAAAAUCAAGUAAUCACAAUGGCAGGCAGUGUACGAAUUAAAACAUGCGAUUUAGAUUUGAUGCAAGAGCCACAGGACUCUUCUGAACGAGCCGUUGAUAAUCAAUAUUCAUUUGUGUAAAAAUUAGCUUACAUAACACAAAAUAAUCCCCCCCAAAAAAGAAAUAAAUAAGAAUUGGAGUUUAUGUUAUUCCUAACUUAAUAAUUUUAUUUUGUUCCUUUCACAUACCUUAAUUAAUGUAACUUUUUUCUUAUAUUCUCUGCCAGCGAUAUAUGAUUGAUGAAAAAGUGUAAAGGAAGAAGAAAGAGGGAAAGUAAAAAAUUCCAUAAUUGAUAUAAAAAUAUAAAUACAUAACAUAUAUUUAUGGUAUAAAUAAGAACAUUUAAUGCGUAUUUUUUGAUGAAGAAUAAUAGAAGAAAUCAUGUGCCAUAAAAUAUUUAUUUUAUGCAAAAGAAUCUAAUUUAAAUAAAGAGGAAAAUCUUCAAUGUAAAUUUCGCAAA